GUGUUUCCUCUCAGCGUUGUGUUGGCGUUCUCCUGCCGUUCCAGCAUCAGUCAUGCUCCUCCUGGUCGUCCUCGUCGGGCUCCUCUGCUCUGCCCACACCGCCACCUCUCAGAUCUCCACCGGACCGACGGAUAAAACCUCCGGCAACACCUUUGAAGAUGAUGACUUCAGCAUCUCCACCCUCCUGGAAAAGGCCAACGCCAACGUCGGCCGGAACUUGGACGAGCCUCUGGUGAUGGAUGGGGACAUAGCGAUGCCAACGGGCCUCCAGAACGCCGACCCCUGCACAGCGCGAGGCUGCCUGUGGCCCAAAAGCACCGAUGGCAACGUCUACGUGCCCUACCGCAUCUCCAACCAGUACUCCCAAAGAGAAAGAGCCAUCAUCACCCGCGGCCUGCAGUCAUUCGCAGCAUCUUCCUGCGUCCGCUUCUUCCCCCGUGGCCAGCAGAGGGACUUUGUGGACAUCCAGUCUCGCUCUGGGUGUUACUCAUUCGUUGGACGUCGCGGUAAUGCUCAGGUGGUGUCGCUGAGUCGCCGGGGGUGUGUCUUCCAUCAGAUCGUCCAGCACGAGCUGCUCCACGCGCUGGGCUUCAACCACGAGCAGACCCGCUCCGACAGGGACAGUCACGUCCGCAUCCAACUGCAGAAUGUGAUUCGUGGAACGGAGUAUAACUUCCGGAGGAUUGCGACGAGGAACCUUGGCACACCCUACGAUUACGGCUCUGUCAUGCACUAUGGAAGGUUCGCCUUCUCUAGCAACCGGCAGCCGACCAUCGUUCCCAUUCCCAACGCGAAUGUGGUCAUCGGCAGAGCCACCCAGAUGAGUCGCAUGGACAUCCUGAGGAUCAAUCGCCUUUAUCAAUGCAGAACAAGAUCACCCUUCGAUAAGGUGAUACCUGAGCCAAGAAAGCUGUUCCUAGAGAAGUGAAAGAGAUCCAGAGGAAACGAUGAACAGUGAUGCAGCUCUUUACCUGAAUGCAAACCCAGAGCAUCUCCCGUUUGCUGAAUGCACUGGGAUCAAAUUGUUCUAAAUUUACUGUUCUGCUGAUCUCAUGAGAAAAUGAAAGUGCUGAGCAUCACAACAUGAAUUGAAAUGAAAAAUUGCUUGCUAGCUUGAUGCAGUACUUGAUUGAAUAAAAACAAAUUCAUUCUUCUACA